AUGCUGCCGGACGAUGCGGGAAACUCACCCUCCAUGAACGUUGCCAACAAGGCUCGAGCAGGAGUAUCGGAGUUCUAUAAGGACAUGGAAAUCCUCCGAGGAAAAGAAGCCGACUCACGUAACGCGAUGCGCGGUCCCCAUGACAAAACCGAUGCUGAAGACUAUGCUGUCACUUCUCUGAGCUGGUACACGUGUGCCAGAAUGAGUGAAGUCCUUGGUCUAUACGGGAAGGACUGUUUUCUUGCGAAGUCCACUACUAGUCAACAAGACCCCGACGUGCGUCUCGAGUGCACCUUCCACGACCGAAAACCCGAGUCGGGAAACGACCGCACAUAUCCUUUGCACCAUUGUCAAGAGCUGUGGGAUCGUGAUAUUUGUGCCAAGCACCACUUCGACAAGUCGACCGAACACGUCCAAACUGCAAUGAAGCACAGCUUCGACGAGGAUCUUGUGUUCCCCCAAAUGACGUUGUUACGAAAGUACUCAAACUUGUCUGCGUCCGUAUGCAACUGUCAUGCCAUGUCGGAGGGAUAUGUCAUCAAUAUCUUGAACGAAGUUAUCGCGACCAUGCUCCGUGACGUCGCCUUUUGCUUGACGCCCACGUCGGAGCAAGACAAGUGCGAUGCCAUUAUGAAAUACCCUCUCGAUAGGAUUUAUGUUGCCGAAAAAGAAGUGCUCGCUGAUGCGAUGUCCCCGGACCGGAAGCACUUAACCGGCUGCCCGACCACGUGGAUCUACAAAACUCAUGAACAUCUCUCGGAACUGGUUGCACCUAACGACGGGGGGCAAUUAGCUAUGGCGAGCGUGUACAAGUCGUACCUCGAGGGCAUAGAAGCUCGUGUCAUGGCCCGAAUCAACGACAUGGAAGCACGCCUUCUUGAUCGUUUUGGCCCCCCGACCAACCUCCCUCUUCACCUUGAACCACGCUCUGAUCCUUCGAGGGGCCCAAACGUCCAGAUUGGACCCACUAGUAACGAUCCAGUCUUGGAAGCACGUGCCAUGCACCUAUUCAAGCCUGUGGUGCAGUUUACGAUCGAAGACAAAAAUAACGCGAUUACGUCGGUUGAACUCGCAGUGACGCUAUGCAAGAAGGUAGUCACAGCCCUCACAGCUGGCGACGUCGAAGUUUUUGCAUGCCUUGGCGACUUUGCACCCACGCUUUAG